CCAGAUGUGCUUUUGCAGAUGUUCCUCCUUCCAAUCUAACCUCCCUUGUCUGCUUCCCCAGUGAGGUCAUAAGCAAAUAUUUGUGUUAGUUUCUUGUCACCAUGGUGACUAAAGAAGCUCAGCAUGGUGCUCCUUCCAGCUUCACUGUCAGCUGUGCUUGAAGGAGAGGCUAGCGUCCAGGACAGCCUAGGCUCAGUCAUGAAAAGCCACGUGUCAGAGACCAUGGCGAGCCCAGGGAAAGACAAUUAUCGAAUGAAGAGCUAUAAGAACAAUGCUCUAAACCCUGAAGAAAUGAGACGAAGAAGAGAGGAAGAGGGCAUUCAGCUCCGGAAGCAGAAGCGUGAGCAACAACUUUUUAAACGGAGAAAUGUGGAGUUGAUUAAUGAAGAAGCUGCCAUGUUCGAUAGUCUUCUCAUGGACUCCUAUGUGAGCUCUACCACUGGGGAGAGUGUGAUCACAAGAGAGAUGGUGGAGAUGCUCUUUUCUGAUGAUUCUGACCUGCAGCUAGCAACCACACAGAAAUUCCGGAAACUGCUCUCCAAAGAGCCUAGUCCUCCAAUAGAUGAAGUUAUCAACACUCCAAGAGUGGUGGAUCGAUUUGUGGAGUUUCUGAAGAGGAAUGAGAAUUGUACAUUACAGUUCGAAGCUGCCUGGGCUCUAACGAAUAUUGCCUCUGGAACCUCUCAGCAGACCAAAAUUGUCAUUGAAGCAGGGGCUGUCCCCAUUUUUAUAGAGCUGCUUAACUCAGACUUUGAGGAUGUUCAGGAACAGGCAGUCUGGGCACUGGGAAACAUAGCUGGAGAUAGCUCUGUUUGCCGAGAUUACGUCUUGAACUGUUCCAUCCUUAAUCCUUUGUUAACACUCCUUACCAAGUCCACACGACUGACAAUGACACGGAAUGCAGUCUGGGCCCUGUCAAAUCUCUGCCGAGGGAAGAACCCACCCCCAGAGUUUGCAAAGGUCUCUCCUUGUUUGCCUGUACUGUCUCGCCUACUCUUCAGCAGCGACUCAGACUUGCUGGCAGAUGCUUGCUGGGCUCUUUCUUAUCUAUCUGAUGGCCCUAAUGAGAAGAUUCAGGCAGUCAUAGACUCUGGAGUCUGCCGGAGAUUGGUAGAACUGCUGAUGCACAAUGAUUACAAAGUGGCUUCUCCUGCCCUGAGAGCCGUGGGUAACAUCGUCACUGGGGAUGACAUCCAGACCCAGGUCAUUCUUAACUGUUCAGCCCUACCUUGCCUUCUCCACUUGUUGAGCAGUCCCAAGGAGUCAAUCCGGAAGGAAGCUUGCUGGACUAUUUCAAAUAUUACUGCUGGCAACAGGGCUCAAAUACAGGCUGUUAUAGAUGCAAAUAUCUUUCCUGUGUUGAUCGAAAUUCUUCAGAAAGCAGAGUUUCGUACAAGGAAAGAGGCAGCCUGGGCCAUCACCAAUGCCACAUCAGGUGGAACCCCUGAGCAGAUCAGGUACCUGGUCUCACUGGGUUGCAUCAAACCGCUAUGUGACUUGCUGACUGUAAUGGAUUCGAAGAUUGUGCAAGUGGCCCUCAAUGGACUGGAGAACAUUCUGCGGCUUGGAGAGCAAGAGGGCAAGCGCAGUGGCUCAGGGGUCAAUCCCUAUUGUGGCCUCAUAGAGGAAGCCUAUGGCUUGGAUAAAAUCGAGUUUCUCCAGAGCCACGAGAACCAGGAGAUCUACCAGAAGGCCUUUGACCUCAUUGAGCACUACUUUGGUGUAGAAGACGAUGAUAGCAGCCUGGCUCCCCAAGUGGAUGAAACGCAACAGCAGUUCAUCUUCCAGCAGGCUGAGGCCCCCAUGGAGGGCUUCCAGCUAUAAUAUCUGCCUCCGGGGAGGGGAGGGGAUGGGAAGCACCACCAGCCAGCGGAAGAGCUGCCCUCUGGUGGGCGGGAAACCAGUCCCCCCACCAUCAGCCACCACACACCUCUGCUGCCCUGGAGACUGUGCUCUUGACCUGCUCCGUCCCCUUCCCUGGAGGGAGCACCCUCUGGACGGACAGAACCAUCUGAGGCUCACCUUUGGGUUUUGUGACAAGAAGGGGACGUGUUGGGUUUUUCUUCCUUACACUAUAUUUUGGCUGCACACAUGUCUUUAACCCAGGAGCCCAGGGGUAGACAAAGGAGGACUAAGGUAAUCAAUUUGCACCUUUUUUAAUUUUUUUUCUUUUUUUCUUCAGUGGUGACUUCCUUCCCUUUUAUUUUUUUUCGAUUCUUCCCAGUCCUCUGCCAUGAUCUGUGUAACUCUUAUCUUGGGUACUUGAGCAGACAGUAUAUUCCAGAGGUGGGAGGUGGGAGGGGAAGGGAGAAAUCCGAAACAAAGUGUUCUUGUUCUGACAGAAUAUUAAUCUUGUGCGCUUGGAUUGAGUUAUUUAAUUUUUUUUUUCUUUUGCACAUUUUCUUAUAUUAAGAUUGCUCUUCCCAAGAGCCACAAGUUCCUGGUUUUAGUAAACCCAGCUGCCAGCAUUGCCUGGGGCUAGAUGCCGAUGGGGAGGCUACCAUGAAACAAAGGUCCCUCCCUCCCUCUGACUUUGCCCAGACCUCUUUAGUUUGGGAGAUCCUCCUCACUCUCCUGAAGUGUCUCAGGUACACCAGUGGGAGUGCAGGGGAGAAGCACAGGCCUUCAGAUGGGGCUUCCUUCCCAUGUGUAGCUACUGAUCCCAUGUUUCCUACUCACCUUCCAAAUGGUGCGACCCAACUUCAUUUGUUUACUUGAAAAUUCCCCCUUGGGGUUGAGAGAACCUCUGAGGUGGUUGUAUUUUCUCCUAAGCUAGAGUCAGGGGGCUGUGGUCCUUCCUUUCUCCUGAGGAGAAGUCCUUGCUCUGGUGACCUGUAAGUUGCAGAGGAGGUUGGAGUGAGAGUGUCAUGUUUUGAGAUAGUCAGGGAUCCCUGCCUUUGGUCUUUCUUCUUCCUCUUCCAUAGUUGGAUCAUGUAUAUUUUACUUCCAAAGGAGAGAAUGUCAAAAAGUUCUGUAUUUUUUAUAUUCUAUAUAUUAGGUAGGUCAAUCUUAAUUGGUCUCAAGAAGAACUGUCUGUAAUUUCUGUAAGUAGGAUACUGUGAGGAAGACCAAAAAGAGAUACGGAUGCUUCCUUGCUCAGGAGGCCUGAGCUUGGUCCUUCUCUCUGCUUGGAUUCUGGACCACCACCUGGGACCAACCCUCAGCUCUCGAACCUUCAUAAAGCAGGUCAGCAUGGCCUGAUUGUCCCAGGACCUGAAGGGAGCAAAGAUGGCCAUAGGGCCUGGUGAAGUCUGCUACUCUGUCCUUACUGCUGAUCAUCCUGCUUGUAUCAGGAAACCCAGAAGCAGUUUGCCUUCUCAAGUUCAAUCUCAAUGGCCGUUGUCCACAUAACUCAUCACCCAUGGCUCCCUCUCCUAUUCUGUUAUCACUGAAACUUAGUAGCCUGCUUUUUAUAUAUACAUAUAAUCCAGAUGCCUUUUCUUUCUGUUUGAAUUACAGUAGUGCAUUGCCUCAGUGGCUUGCCUGUGCCUCUGGGUGGAUUACAUAUGAUAGUAAAGCCCACCUGUUUGGAUGGGAGUAGAGGAAUUUGGUGUAGACCAACUGUGGAGUUGAAGGCACAGUCUGCCUCACCCCCACCUCCCCACUGUGGUUAGUCAGAGGCAUCCUGCUCUAAGCUCUGCUUUUCCUUUCUCUAAAUGCCAUUCUUGCUUCUAUUGCUACAUAUCUCCUUCUGGCUCAGGUGAAAUCCAUCCCCCUCUGCUAAUAGACAUAAAGUUCAGGUAUUUAUUGUUGACCAUUGGUCUUGAAUUCCCCCAGACUCCCCGAUUUUUUUAUUUUUCCUUUUUUUUUUUUCCCGGUCCCACCUCAAAGUCAUUUUCUGAGGAAAAUGGUUUAGGGCUAGCAAUUGUCCCUGAAAAACCACACCCAUGUUGUACCACCUUGGUGAGUCAGAUGCCACUCAUCAGCUUGGGAAUGGUGGCUACCAACCCCCAAUCUCCCAGGAAGUCUGGGGGCAGAAUCUUUCUUUCACUUGGCCUGCUACCUCCAUUACAAAACCAUUCUCUUACUGUUCAAAGAAAAGUCCUCACCCACCCAACCUCUACCCAUUGUUCUCAUCCAAAGGGCACUUUAGUAGGAUCUACUUUGUACAUCUUAAGUAACAGUUAAGUCCCUGAUACUGGGGCCAGAUUCUUAGUAUAAGACAUACACAUCCUGUUUGCCCAGCUUUGGCUUCAUUUCCGGGUCCUGUACCAGAUGGAAAAUGUUUUGGUCAUCUGGCUGCUCCUUAAAGCCAGUUUCCCCUAAGAAUUCCAAAGGCUGGCCGGGCAUGGUGGCUUACGCCUAUAAUCUCAGCACUUUGGGAGGCCGAGGCAGGUGGAUUGCGAGGUCAAGAGAUCGAGACUAUCCUGGUCAACAAGGUGAAACCCCAUCUCUACUAAAAAUACAAAAAUUAGCUGGGCAUGGUGGUGCGCGCCUGUAGUCCCAGCUACUUGGGAGGCUGAGGCAGGAGAAUUGCUUGAACCCAGAAGGCAGAGGUUGCGGUGAGCCGAGAUCGUGCCAUUGCACUCCAGUCUGGGUAACAACAGCGAAACUCCGUCUCAAAAAAAAGAAGAAAAGAAAAAAAGAAUUGCAAAGGCUAAAGUCUACUGGGGCAGAGCGUGAGGACAGAUUUCUCAUCAGAGAAAAGUCUUCCUAGGAGCUUUCGUUUGUGUCUUCCCCAGACCAGGUUUUCUCAUUAUCUUCCUUUAACCACAGGUGAAGUUCUUCCAGCCCACAGAGGCAGUAAUAUCAUCUUUUGUAUCUCCUCCUCUACUUCUAUGUAAUGAAGCAAAGUAUUACUUAUUUAGCCCAGGCUUGAGAGCCACUGUUGGUGGGCAGUCUCCAUCUGGAUUCCAGGCCCUGGCCUAAGUGAGGUAAGGCUUUCUGGUUAUUGCCAGGAUGGAUCCCCACCCCCACCCCAGUCUGCUGUAGGGAAUACCCUAAUUAGCUGAGGCAUGCUUUUGGAAUCCUGGCAUGUUGGCAUAUGGCUGAUCUAUCCCUUUUAAGAUCUCUGGUUGGAGUAUCUAGAUACAGAUUAGGAGGGACAAGGAGCCCUUUUCUUGGCUUAUGUGUUCAAAUAAGUUUUUGAAAGGUGCCAGCUCCUCCAGCUAUCCCACUCCCAAGUCAUCAUCUUUAGUACUAACAAGGUCUCUGAUCUUAGAAGCCUGCCUCCAGAUCCCUAAUGACCCUAGUGACCACCUGGCCUUGAUGUUAGCUGCAGCCUUCUGACAGAACCACAUGAGUUCCACUCACAGCUGGCCAGCCUUGUUACUUGGGUCAGGGAGUAGAAAUGAUCCCUGCCAGGGAGCAGGUGUUGACCUCAUUUUUCAGGGACCCUUGAGUUCCCCCUUAUCUAGAGCCCAUAGAUCUACUCCAUCAACUCUUUGCCAUGAAAGCCAUCUUCUAGGAGCCCUGUUUUUUGGAGCUGAACUAUAGAGAUUACAGCUGCUAUUGUACUUAAGGGAGAGAAAAAGAAGGUUCUCAGGCACAGACUUUCUAUUUCUCAAGCCAAACCACUUUAAAAUGAAAACUGUCUAGCAGAAUGAACUGUAUUUCCAUAUUUCAUGUCUACCUGCCUUCCUCCCAUACCCUAAAGUUGUACUUGUUUCUAGCAAACUAGAAGGAAAGGAUAGGAAAGCCUAGCACUACUAACCUUACCUCUCAUACCCUUUCUUUGAAAGCCCCAGUUCAGGCCUCAUCUCUUCUCUAGAUUGACUCAGCUUGGUAUCCAUCAUCUUGAGCAUUCCUCAGUAGAUUCAUCUAGGGUUUGGAUUCUAGACUUUCAGUUGAAGAUAGGGAGCCAAUUUCCCCAGGUCUCUGCAGGCAAUCCAGGGACCCAAUAGGGAUAGCAGACUGGCUGGGACAUUAGGAAUGUAUGUACCUUUCUGCCUUCUUGGCAGCCAGGGGAAGGGUGCAACGCUCAGUGCACUAAACCGUGGUAAACAUCUUCCUGAUUGAACUACCCUAGAAUUUAGUGAGUGUGACACUGAGAUACUGCUCAGAAUAAAUUUCUUCCAUAGCUAUUUAGGAUUGCACGUUCUAGACCAACCUUAUCUAAUAUGUUUUGUUUUAGCUUUUUCAGUCUUUGUUAAGCCAACAAGUUGAAAAUUUGGCCCUACUGGGAUCCGUGUAGUGGGCACUAGCUGUUCUUUUGCCAAGGCCUUCAUAAAUGAUUCAGUCUUAUUAUCUAUCCUCUAACCCCACUCUCUGAUUUAAGACUGUGGCAAAGGAAGAAUUUGAGGCCAAGACCAACCAAAUCUGUGAAUUAAAACUUAUCUUUUUUCUCUGAAAGGGUACUUGGCUUCAGGUAUGGGCUACAUAUAGAACCUAAGCUGACUGUGAGAGUUAGAAGAGGCAGCAUUAAAUUUUAGGCCCAGAACACCAUGGGGAAAGGUUUAUGUAGUAUGUCUUCAGUGGGCCUGCCUAGCUGCUUCUGGGCCAGCCUGACUUCUGACGUCCACAUUGCUCAUACCUGAAUCCCGCUGCUGAACGCCAGCCCUGUUCUCCUGUAACUAUUAUAUAUGCCAUGGUCUGGGGGCACUGAAGGAAGUAACCUCUCAGAGAUCCUAACAUUGGCUGGGAACCUCUGACUCAGAGCAUGUCCUUAAAGAGCACAUCUGGCCGGGCAUGAUGGCUCACACCUGUAAUCUCAAGCACUUUGGGAGGCCGAGGUGGGUGGAUCACGAAGUCAGGAGUUUGAGACCAGCCUGGCUAACAUAGUGAAACCCCGUCUCUACUAAAAAUACAAAAAGUUAGCAGGGCGUGGUGGCAGGUACCUGUAAUCCCAGCUACUUGGGAGGCUGAGGCAGGAGAAGUGCUUGAACCCAGGAGGUGAAGGUUGCAGUGAGCUGAGAUCGCACCACUGCACUCCAGCCCAGGCAACAGUGCAAGACUCCAUCUCAAAAAAAAAAAAGAGUCCACAUCUUUGGCUGGGUGCGGUGGCUCACGUCUGCAAUCCUAGCACUUUGGGAGGCUCAGGCGGGUGGAUCACUUGAGUUCAAAACCAGCCUGGCCAACACAAUGAAACCCUGUCUCUACUAAAUAUACAAAAACAAAAAUUAGCUGGGUGUGGUGGUGGGCACCUGUAAUCCUAACUACAUGGGAGGCUGAGGCAGGAGAAUCCCUUGAACCCGGAGGCAGAGGUUCCAGUGAGCCAAGAUUGCGCCACUGCACUCCAGCCUGGGGACAAGGCAAGACUCCAUCUCAAAAACAAAAAUAAAAAAAGAGCCUACAUCUUCACGAAUCCUCAGACUCUGCAGUUGGAUAUUGGCUUUUUAAGCCAACUUUUGUGGUAACUGUCUUUGACUUAUUAAAGAAGGAAAGGGGGUAUGGAAUCCCAACCACUCAAAAGACUGGAUAUCCCUCAAGAAUGACUUGGGUUACCAGCUAUGCACCCUUGGAAGAUGAAUCAAAUCCUCACUGGUUUUUCUCUGUAAAUUCAUUUGCUUUUAUUUUUCUAAUAACUAUCAACUCUAUUUUCCAUGUUCUCAGGGCCCCUGGGUAGACAGACACAGCUUGAUUUCAGAGCAGAUGUAGGCCAAGAAACUAUGGCAUUGAGUGUGCUGAGUCCAGAAAAAUAUUUAUAUACACAUCCAAAUUUGAAGAGAAAAUGUAUUUCUUUAGGUUUCAAACACUGUAAUAGUUAUAAAGCAAAAAUAAAAACCUGUUGAAAGUUCUAAA